AUGAAGUUAGUUGUGUUAGCGGGUAAAGCGCGUGACGUUUAAAUAUCGUAUGUUUUUUUUACAUUUCUAAAGGUAAAAAUAAACGCGUUUUCGUGUUGUUAAUACAAAAUAACUGUUAAAUUACAUGAUUUUUAUAAUUAUUAAAUAAAAGAAAACGAAUUAAAAUUAAUAAAUAUCUAUAAAUUAAAAGAAAAAUAUAUACCUAUUAAUUAAAACACAUAGGUACAUAAAUUGGCAAAUGUGUGAAUGAAAUUAUUAGAAAAGAAAAAAUUAUUGAAAAAAGUGUUUAGUUUAGUGUAGUGUGUUGUUAAUUAAAACAUUUUAUUCUUAAUUAAAUGGAUAACUACUAAAUAACAAUUGGAUUGGAUUAUUAUUUUUUGUUGGAGUUAAACUAUAGAAUUAAAGAUACAAUAUUAAGCUGCAAAAUAUAAGAAAUUUUUGUUAAUUUUUUGGCAAACUUAUGUCAAUUACAAUAUUUGAAAUACAAUAAACGAAAUGAUCACUUAAAGAUCAAGCUAAAUGAUCAAAUGGUAAUUUUAAUUUACAGUGCACAGUAAAAGUUAAAGAAAAUAAGUUUAUAUAUAUAGAUUUUGCCACAGCACCAUCAUUGACAUUUUUUUUUUGUAAAUUCAAUUUUAUAUGAAUGAUCCAAAUAUAAAUGGUUGUGUUUAGUUAGCCUCAAUUAUCUUUAAUUGUUGGCAUAAUUUGUCAACAGCAGUGAAAUUAAAUUAAAAAAUUUUUCCACUACAAUUGAGCAAAAAUAAUAAAAAAAAAAAUACCAACCAUUCAUAACAGAAUGAAUGGGUUCGGUCCAUUUGACUUUUUCGCACAAUUGAUGACCAACUAGGAAAGAUAAUUAAAAUAAACACGCGAGUUUAAAUUUAAAAAAAAAUAUAUACAACUAAACAAAUUUUAAAACUAAUAUGAAAAAUUAAAUUAAAAAAAAAAACAAAUAAAUCUAAACAAAAUUUAAUUUAAAAAUGGUCUCACAUUAUUCUGCUACUAAAUCUUUAACUACAUCUUUAAAUUGUUUAACAAAUAGUUAUAACGCUUUAAAAAUGUUUAACUUUAUUAAACAAAAAUGUAAAACUUUUUACAUUUCAACGAAUCGUGUUAAUAGUGUAAAGAAGUUCGUAUUGCUAAUUUUGAUAUCUUCAUCAAUUUUAAAUAGCGCUACGGGUGCUUCGUUACAUCACAAAGAUUACCGCAGUGCGGGUUUAUUUGCUUUAAAUAAUUUUACGGAUUUAUAUGAUGCAUCAUCAUCAUCCGCCUCCUCCUCUUCGUCUUCUAUUAAAACCAUGGAUUUAACAAGUGUUGAACUGAAUAGUAUUGAUGUGGGCGAUUUUGAUCCAGCUGCUGCAUCAAGAAACUUACAAUUGGGUACAAAAGAAAAUACAGGUUGUCCAUCUACCACAAGUUCACAUUGUUUACGCUGCAAUAGCGAAGGUUGCAUUAAAUGUCCCAUGUAUCUGGUCACCGAUACACGCCAGUGUGUUGAACAUUGUCCAGCGGGCUAUAUAGAUCAAUGGUCGGCCCAUACGGAAUUUAUGGGACGUGUUUGUGUUCCUACCGGUUAUUCUGGUGCUUUAAUGGCUGCUUUAGCUGGAAUGUUUGGCGGUUUUCUCGUCUGUCUCUCUAUACUUGCCGUUGCCGUAAUGUUGGUGAAACGUCGAAGACGUCGCAAAACUAUAAAACAAAAAUUAAUCAAUGAACAUACUAUGGAUCGUUCAGAUUUCCUAAGACAGCUUAAUGAUAUGAGACCAAAUGCUGAAUACUUUUUAGCCAUGCUCAACGAUACACGAAGACAAAUACGUAAAUUAUAUUUAGCCGGUGAUGUAGCGGCUGCCAAUUCUUAUCGUCCUAUUGUAAGAGAUCUUGCCCGAAUUUUGAUAUUAUUAAAUCGUCCUAUUGAACUAAUACCAGCCGCUCCACAUGACUGGAAUCGUUUGUAUGCUUGGUCAGAGCAGGUGCUCGAACGUUAUAGGCCUCAGGUAGGCCAAUUAAUAGAUUUCUUUCAAAAUUCGAAUGGCAUCGAUGUGGAUGAAUUCGAGGCCACCUCGGUUUAUAGGCAAAAAAUGAAUGGUGGUGGUUUCUAUAAACAAUCUGCCUUGCAAUCUUCUUCGAAUCUUACCUCAGGUACGGGUACUACUAAGUCGCAAAAAAUGCAUUUAUUUGGUUCUCUCAUCAGUCUGCAUGAAUUUGAAGAACCCAGACCUUCGGAUCCAUUUGGUAGCAGUUUUAAUACACUUAAAAGUGGCAAUCUUAUAUCGGAUCUCAAUGCUAGUUCUCUAUGGUUAGAGGAUGAAUUUUAUAAAUUAGGUUUUCGACCGCAAGAUGAAAUAACCACCGAGUUAUAGAUUCAUAUUAUUUCAAACUGUGAAGUGUAUAUAAAGAAAUUAUUAUUUAAGUUUAUUAUAUUUGUUGUUUUUUUUUUUUUGUUAUAUUUUACCAUAAAAUUAAGACGCCAAGUAUUAUUGAAAUUGUUGUCGGUCCAAAACUAAAACAAAGUGCUCAAAUUUUAUUUAAACAAAUAGUGUAAAUAUUAAAUUUAACUUAAAAUUAAAAUUACAAAAAACAAGAAAAAAGCGAACAAAUCUAAAUAUGUAAAUGUAAAUUAAUUAAUUAAUUUAGUUAUAAAGCAAUAUUUAUACAAUAAGUGCCUUAUUUUGUCUUCUUAUUUUUUAGCAAUUAAAAUGUUUAUGUUCAUGUCUUCCUUAUAAU